AUGCUCUAUCAUCGUUCUCCACCUCGGUCUGCCUCUGUAUCCUCAGUUCACUUGCUAAUAAUCAAAAUGUCAACAAUUCCACCGUCCACCGAUUGGAAUGCCGGAUCAGAGGAAGGCGUCUCCUCGCGUCUGUUUUGUGUUUACCUGGAAGAAAAUGGCGACGACACGGAGAUCGAUGGUGUUGUCCAUCAUCUGCCGUCAGCAGCAUUGGCUCCCCGCCAUGAUUCGGAGGAGAGUACUACCCUAGAAAUCCAAUUCAAGUUCUGGAAGAGCAAGAGACGCAAAGUCUCUGGCAUUAGAACGUUGCGUGUGCCAAUGCAAAAAAGAAUUACCGUUGGGUUCGUCAAAGAUUUGAUUCUGAAAGAGGACUCUUUUUCCAAGGAAUAUCGUGAAGCACUCCACCAUGUCACUGACAACAACAACGGCGACGACGACAACAAUGGUGACGACAGAAAAGUAUUGGAACGGAAAUCACUUCAUCUUUUCAUGAACCAUUGGAAUGGCACAGAGCUUCAACCGGACAAGUUCCCGUUGCCAAGGCAUUUUGUGCAUAACGCUGCUAGAUCCACUGAAGCAAGAAACCAUGGAUCCCAAGGGAGAAAUGUCAAAGGAUGUGUCUAUGUCAUGGUUGAUUAUUUGCUCCGGGUUCACUUUAUCGAAAGGCCGCUGACGAAACGGGAAAGGGAAAGCAAGCUCAGAUGGAAACACCAACAGCAGCCAACGCGUACAAUAGGAGGGGACGCCAAUGUGUCCGCUGCUCAAGAUGCGCUUCAAUGGACCCCAGGCACUGUCCUGACCAUUCCUGUUCUCUUGAAGCGUCACACAACGCAACAGAUCAAGGAGAUGAUUGCCGAAAAGAUCACAAUGCAGGUGGAGCGUCUGCAUCUCAUGUGGAAGGAUCGGGAGCUGUUCAAAGACGAGCCGUUGCCCAUGAUGAUUCAGAAUGUUCUCUUGGGAGGUCGGGGCGGCGAAGCUUCCUCAGAGCAUACACUGUGCAAUGAUGGUGACGAGGAAGUAGACGAAUCUAGCAGAGGACUACACGACAAUGGAGAAAAUGGCGACGAAGGAGACAUCUUGAAACUCUGGGUAAAUCAGUGGGUCGUCCGCAUUCGUACCUUACAGGGGCUGUUCUUUGAGUUGGGAGUUGAUCCAUAUGAGCCACUUGUAGGGCUGAAGGUGCAGCUCUGUCGAAAACGUGAACGAUUGGCAGUUGCAAGCCCAGACCAGGUGAUUCUGAUUCGAGGGGAUGGCGUCGUAUUGGAUGAUGAAAUUUCGUCUGUCGACAAACCGGGUGAUGGGGAAAGCUCGUGUCACUUGCAACCACUGCAACGCCUUGGGGUUACGAACGGGUGCACUCUGCACCUAACUCUGCGUCAGUAUUACGUCUCGCCUUCAAAGAUCGUGGGAAAGAGCUGCUGUCGGAUUCCCAAGGCAGAACAUCGUGGCAUUACAUUGCGUCAACUUCGAGAAGUUGCCACUACGAUCUUGGUGCAAUGCAGAAAACAGCAGUGGACUAGGUCGAGCCCGUGUGGUAAGGAGAGACGGCUGGAAUCUGGCGAUGUGACGCUCUACGAUUUGAUGGACAACUAUUUGCACCCGGUCACCAUGAAACACAAGUGCAGCUACGUGGUGCUUGUGUCGGAAAAUGAACAAGAUCAGAUUCCACGCGUCUUCUGCAGUCACUUUUGGGGAUCGAGCGUUCUGCAUCUUUUGGCCUGCUUGGAGCAACAUGCUUUUGACAGGAAUAUCGGUGACACGACACCCUACUGGAUAUGCGGAUACGCCCUGUGUCAGCAUGACGUAUCGAGGGAGCUGGAAGUGGGAAACAACCUUGCUGACACUCCCUUCUAUAAAGCAAUGACACUGUCGCAAGGGACCGUGUCAAUUCUGGAUAGCCAUGCAACUUGCUAUAGCAGGAUAUGGUGCUCGUACGAAGUCAGCGUAGUAAUGAACGAUCUGAAAGCGCGAAGUCCAUCUUCUGCGCAGGGCCAUUUCUAUGAUGUGUACACGUUGGCAAAAGACGCCGAAGGCGACCCCUACUCCCCUGUGGGGCUUACAGAAGGAACAGUUGCUUCCGACAGAUAUACACGCAAUGCAGAUGGCACUCUCAAUGUGGCAAAGCGCAUGUCUACCUUAAAGUGGAACGACGCAAGGCGCAAACGCCAGUUAUCCUUCCCUCUGGAACUCUGCCACCAAGCUCUGGAGGUAAAAUUGGAACACGCUCAAGCAUCGAGGCAGCGGGACAAGAACAUGAUUCUCAACAGCAUCGUUGGUAACGUCAUCGACUCGUCAACGGAACCCCCACAAUUCCAUGAUGCAUACGAUGAUCUGAAUGCUGCUUUGCGGGGGAAGUUUGCGGAAUCGGCAUAUCGGAUGGCGCUUGAAUCUGGAAACGAAGCCCUGCUCCGAGACUUUCGCUUUGCGCUAUUCGCUGCCCCGUACAACCGGCUGGCCAUGUCGUUUGAAGGGUGUAGCGAGUUCAAGAGUGACUCAAAGCGCUUUGCAGAAUCUAUUCCUGCGUCAUUGGAGCACUUGGAACUGGACAUCGGAAGGAUCGGGUUCAAAGGAUUGGGAGACUUUGCUGAAGGCUUAGCCCGUCUGCACAAGCUCAAAUCCUUGAAGCUGAAGGCCAGCUUUUGCAGAGUGCUGAAAGACAUCAACGCUCUCUUGAAACAGGUUGGCCAGUUUCAAAUGCUGCAGAGACUUGAGCUUGAUUUCUCCGAAUGCCCCUCCAUAACUUCUGUGGACGGGCUGGAGACGGCGUUCCCAAAUCUACAACAACUUGCUUUCUUGUCCAUUAGAAUGGGCAACUGCAACAAUCUAUCGUCGCUAAAGAUAUUCGCCGCAGGUCUAGCUGAUGUUGCCAACGCUCUCAGUACCUGCCAUCUUGAUUUUGGAUGCCAAGACUUGAAAGAUGUUGAUGAGCUAGGCAAUGCUUUCCGGCGCAUGAUCCAUGCCAAUGAGGUUUCUCUGACUACGAAAGGAUGCACCAUCCGGUCGCUAGCAAAAAUUGGUGAAGGGCUCAAAUUUGCGGAGAGCCUAGUCUCGCUCCACUUGCAUAUGUACUCAAGCAGGCAUCUUGUUGACAUUGGCGGUUUGGGAGAAGCCUUGUUAAACAAGCCCCUCCUUGCUAGUUUGGAGCUUUCAUUCAUGGGCAGUCAACACGUCUCCUCUAUUGGAGAGCUCACAAAGGGUCUAGAGGAUUGCAUCCAUCUACGGUCUCUGCAUCUGAACCUGAAGAACUGCAAAGGGCUGGUGUCUAUUGUCGGCCUUGGAUACGCUAUUCAAAAGAUGAAAGUAUUGGAGAAGGUGUACCUGUAUUUUCAAGGCUGUGAUCAACUAGAGUCAGUCGACAAUCUGGCCGAUGCCCUGCAAACUGGGUCAUAUCCAUGUUUGCAGCGCUUGUGGCUCCACUUUGGCACGGAUACAGCGUUGGCCCUCCCACCUCACUUCAACUUUUUAUCACUAGUAGAUGAAAUGCCCUCCAUGAAGUCCCUGUGUCUCCGGUUUCCGUUUUGCAAAAGGAUUGUUUCGCUUGCUGGAUUGGUCAAAGCUCUAGAGUUUCUUUUGUUCAAGCAGAGUCGGAGGUUGGAUUUGCUGGAGCUUGAUUUUGAGGACACGUCGGAUCCAGAGGACAAACACGUUUUGGAAGUCUUCAAGAUUAUUGGAACAGCUCGUAUCGAGAAACUGGACUUGAGAUUCACAGGUUUUCCAAGGAUCCAAUCGCACAAGCGUCUCGAUCAUGAGAUAUCCAAGUCGCAGCUCGGCGCUCGAGCUGGCCAGCUCUAG